AUGGAUUAUAGCCAAUUAGAUGCGGAUAUCAAUGGUAACAUCAAUACGGGCAAUAUCAAUACAAAUGACUUCCUCGCCAUAUUCUCAUCAACCACAAGUCCCACCGAUGUGACACUAAACCCGCCACUACUAACCGUUGAUGGUGCCAUAACUACGCUGAGCCCGAAUAAUUAUGUCAACGAUAGUUACUACUUCUUGAAUAGCAACUUCUAUAACGGUAGUAUGAGUUAUAGUGGCAACGCGAGCAAUUAUAGCAAUCAAACGUUGACGGUUGGUGGCGGUGGCAUGGCAUCGGCGAAUUUGUCCUCGAAUCUGACAGAAGUGCAAUGGGACGGUCGCUAUCCGAGCGGUUAUACGUUGCCGCAAAUCGUUAUCGCUUCGGUAAUCGUAACCAUAUUGAUGAUUAUCAUCGUGGUGGGCAAUAUGCUGGUCAUCAUUGCCAUUAUGACAGAGAAAUCGCUAAAGAACAUACAGAAUUGGUUUAUUGCCUCGCUGGCGGUGGCGGACUUCUUUCUCGGUUUGAUCAUAAUGCCCUUCUCGCUGGCGAACGAACUGAUGGGCUAUUGGAUAUUCGGCAGUUGGUGGUGUGACAUACACUCCGCGAUGGAUGUGCUGUUGUGUACGGCGUCCAUAAUGAAUUUGUGCCUGAUAUCGUUGGAUCGGUAUUGGAGCAUCACGAAGGCGGUGGACUAUCUCAAGUCGCGUACGCCGGCGCGUGCGGCAAUCAUGAUUGCCUCCGUGUGGAUAAUGUCGGCAUUGAUUUGCAUACCGCCAUUGCUGGGUUGGAAGGUGAAAAUGCCGGAGGGACCGUUGCCGAAAUGUGCG